CCUAGAUACCCAUCGGGAGCUAGAAACCAGGUCCGCCGUCCACCGUCCGCCGUUCCCGGGUCUGCUCUGCUACUUCAUGAAAUGCAGGUGAUAUAUCUUAAUCUCGAGAUCUCUUAACUAUUUCCUAUUCAAUUGUGCUGCUAAGCCAUGUCCCUACCAAGCAUAAAAACAUGCGCAGUGCGCCAAACUCUUCAAUCCUCCUUACGAGACCUUUUCCUCCCUACUUUAUCCCAGCCGACCCGAAGACAAUUCUUAAGCACAACUACGAAGAAUAAUGCAACGAUAUCAUCGGCCUCGUCUUCUUCGACUGACCCGUCAGGAUCCCGGCCUAAACGGAAGCCCCUGACAAAGGAGCAGCGCGAUUUUCUCUCUUCAGCUCUCCGUGUGAACCAAGCCGGAGAAUUAGCUGCUACCUUGAUCUAUACCGCCCAGACGCCACCGCUUGUCAAUGCGCACCCCCAUCUUCGGCCCUUGUUAGCCCAUAUGUACGCCCAAGAAGAGGGCCACCUCAAUACAUUCAACUCUCUCAUCGCUAAACACCGCGUGCGCCCAACAGCCCUCUACCCGGUUUGGUCCGUCUUAGCAUCGGGGCUGGGGUGGUCAACGGCAGUUAUGGGGAGGGAGGCCGCAAUGGCUUGUACAGAAGCUGUCGAGACGGAGAUCGGCGGUCAUUAUAACAACCAAAUACGGACACUGCUAGAAAUGUUCGAACAGUGGGAGGCUGAAGGCUACGAAGUGGGCGAGGAGCUGCAAGAUCUAGUGUCAACAUUACGGAGGAUACGAGAUGAAGAGCUAGAGCAUCUAGACCAUGCCGUUGAUAACGAUGCGAAGAAGGCCGAGCCGCACUGGUUAUUAACUGGCGUGAUACGAUUAGGAUGUAGGGGUGCAAUUUGGGUCAGCGAAAGAGUAUAAUGCUGUCAUUUCAGGAUGCCAUCUAGUUUUUGACCAGCUUCUAAGAAAUACGGCUUUGCUGCAUAAUAUGAUAUUUUCUCUCUAUUCGCCGAUAGAGUCAUCGGCGUACGUCGCAGGAUACGACCAAUCAAAACCAAAGCAGAAGACUUAUUCGGAAGGUCGUAUAAUGUCUAGCUCAAUCAUCUGAGCCUCGAUUGGUCAAUAUACUAGAUUACCUACAUGGUAUAGCUUAGACCUCCAGUUCGGGCGAUACUCCGCAACCGACGAUGCCGCUAUGACCGGUACAUCCGGAUUACUUCCUCUUCGGGGGCAAAUAUAUGGGCUUAUCCAGGUCACGAAUUUUAAUCGUAUAUUAGUCCAUAC